AUUCCCUUUUCACAAAGUGAAUCUCCUGUUCACCCGCUCAGCAUUUCUCCUAGUCAACGGACAAAACUGAAGAGCAAAAAAAAAAAAAAGAAAAAAAAAAAAAGGGGGAUACAGAAAAGCAAGAUUCUCUUGUUUUCAGCCAUGCUAUUGAUUUUGUUCUAAUGAUGGUGCUGUGUGUGGAGCCAGUCAAUCUGUUGGUCAACACUGAUCCACUCAGAAAUACUCCUCCUGGACAGAUUUUGGAGUAGAGCCAUACAGAGUGUAGUGUAGCUCAAUGUUUAACGUUUAAAGUAAACUGCUCUGCUGGUAUUUAUAAUCUCCUGUCACCCUCUCUCACUCAGCCAGAAUACCUGUCCUGACAAGUUAAACCAGCUCACAGUGGGAGUUUAACUUCACGCCCAUCCCCAAUAACACAGCAAACAGGAGCCACUGAGGAGAAGCUGUCACAGAGCCACACAGAUUUUUGUUACAGACUGUCCUCUAUGAUCAGCUCAAUGCCUAAAGGAAUGAAAGAAACUGAAGACAUUUCCACAAGUUCAUCAGGCAAGUGGAAAACAGUUUCAACUCCAAAAGAAGCUCGUUGGCUGUUUUCAAAAUGCCUCCUUCAUAGCAACAGAGAUUCCAACACUCUGUUUCUGAGUAUUGACAUCAGACGCGACAGGGAGGAGCAGGACCGAGCUCUGGUCGCAUUCUACAAGAAAGAAAAUGUUUGGUGGACGGCACCUCUUCACUGCACACUUCGCGGUGAUGUUGCGACAGGAAGCGGGGUCGACCGCCAUGUGAUGUCCACAGUGAUUUUCAGGCUUAUGAGUGGAUUCUAUUUAAACUCAGGAAAUAUUGCCGUUUCCAAAAUCUUCGAAGGUGAACCUGAUCACCUCAUCCCCUCAGUUUCAGAUGAACUACUGGACAAUAAUAUGUUUGCUGUCGCAGGCCGGAUGAUUGGUCAUUCCUUCUUGCACUGUGGUCCAAGUUUCCCGGGACUUAGCCCCGCCAUUAUCCACAUUCUUUUUGGAGGCUCUUUAGGAACUGCUCCUUUGACAAUACAAGACUGCCCUGACCUCGACAUCCGGGACGCUAUAAUAAAGCUUAAAGGAGAUGAAGAUUUAGAGGAACUUGACCCCAUCCAUCAGCUCUUCCCGCCAUUGGACCUGCCAGCACCAAAUGCCACAAACAGGAAAUGGCUGUCUGAAAAGAUCCUCUUGCAUGCUGUUAUCGAGCGAACAAGGCGUCAAAUCAAUCAGUUCCGACAAGGCUUGGAAGAGACGGGGCUCUGGCCACUUCUCAUUCACAGAAAAGACGUAAUCCCAAUCCUGUUUCCCAGAGAUUCAGAGGCUGAAGUCACUCCUCAGAUCGUCUUGGAUUGCAUCCUAUGGCCAUCGUCUAUAACAGUCUUCUUCGAGAGCUACAAAGACAAAGACGAAGAUGAGUCUGAAGUCAUGGAUGUACAGCGGAUAUCUGGCUACCUGAAAACAUUUAUUGAAAAUGCGUCUCCUGCUGAGCUAAAGAGCCUCAUAAAGUUCUGGAUAGGAUGGGAGGUACCCGCCACAAAGAUGAAAGUGGAAAUAGUGGAGGCCACAUUUCCGACUGCUGCGACGUGUUUUGAGAAGCUGAGGCUGCCGAGGCAUUACACGGCAUACAAAGCAUUUCAUCUAGAUCUGUGUGCAUGUAUAUCUACCAGCUACAGCGGCUUUGGACGUGCCUAAGGAUGAAUAGUUUGUAACUGAAAGGCAUGUCAGUUGUCUCUAACUUGUUCAGUCUAUAUGUUGGUAGAAUGAAUAGAUUUUUUGUGAGACUGUAUGUAAAAAUAAAUUUAUAUUUGCUAAAA